AUGUCAGAUAUACCUUCGGUCUUGAGGCAGGCUGCCAAACAUUACCGCGGCGACUACGUCGCACCUCAGAUGCUGGAGCCUAACCUGCAAAAGCGUUUGGAGCAGAUCAUUCUCCAGCUGACGAUUCCGACAUCUGAGCUCACCAACAUAAGCCAGAACUUUUACUUUGAACUCAUGAACGGCCUGAAAGCCCACAAGCGCCACAGGAACCUCUGGAUUCCGAACGAGUGCUGCUUCAAAAUGUUGGAUUCCUACAUCUCAAACAUCCCUACUGGGAAGGAGCACGGCUCCUACUACGCCAUUGACUUUGGAGGCUCGAACUGUAGGGCCGUGAGGAUCAAAAUCCAUGGCAACGGCAAGAUGGAACGUACCCAGUCCACAUUCACGCUAAAGUACUCGUCGGUGCUGGGACCAAAGGGACUCCUGGAUCAGACUGCUACAGCUACUGAGCUGUUUGAUCACUUUGCUACGGAGAUUGGAACCGUCAUUAAGCAGUCUGGCGACCCUCUAACGCCCGAGGAACCGCUCAAGGUCGGAUUCACAUUCUCGUUCCCAUGCACUAUGCUCUCGAGGAACACGGCAAUUCUGCUGGAUUGGACCAAAUACUUUGAGACUGGACGUGCUACAAACGACCAGGUGGAGGGGAAGGACGUUGGAAAGCUGAUGGACGAAGCCUUUAAGAGGAAUAAUAUCAACGCAAAUGUUUCAAUCAUCCUCAAUGAUACGGUCGGUACUUUGCUAUCAUGCGCUUACCAGAAGCCUGAGGACUACCCAGAGUGCAGAGUUGGUGUCAUUCUGGGCACUGGAUUCAACAUUUGUUACGCAGAAAACGACUAUGAAAACUUUGGCUACGUUGGCAAAAUCAUCAACACAGAGUGUGGAAACUUUGACAAGGAGCUGCCCAUAACUCCAGUCGAUUUUGAGAUCGAUUACUACACCUCAAACUGCGGCAGGAGACUCCUCGAGAAACUCAUCGGUGCGGCCUACCUCGGGGAGAUUGUGAGGAGGUACAUGAUCCUACUGCUGAGGGAAAAGGCCCCGAGAGUCAUGUGGCAUAUAGGCACAUUCACUUCCGUCGACGGAGGCGAGAUUUUGAACGAUCCGUCGGAGGACCACCAGGUUGCCAAAGAGAUUGCACUGCGCAGAUGGGGAGUUGAGCUCUCCCAGGAGGUCCUAGUCGGUCUCCACAAGAUCUGCGAGUUUGUGUUUGGCAGAUCUGCCGGUCUCGCAGCCGCCGCAAUCGCUGCCACUGCCAGGAAGGCAUGCACCUUUGCCAAGAUAAGGACAACCAUCGCAAUUGACGGGUCCCUGUACGUCAAGAAUGAGUGGUAUAAAAACAAACUACACGAGUACCUGGACCAAGUCAUAAGACCAGACCUCCGCGGCAACGUGGUACUCCUGGCAUCCGACGAUGGCUCCGGAAAAGGAGCUGCCAUUGCCGCCGCCAUGUUCGACAACAGACACUUUAUUUAG